AUAAAUAGAAUAAAAAGCGAAGAGAAAGAAGGGUAACAGAAUAAGGCUUGGUUUGUUGGGGACGGGAAACAGAAUUGGAGGAGGGCAUGAGGUUCCGUUCCGUCUUCUUUGGGGCGGCGUCGAGGGCAAAGCUCGGAACUCCGGCGCAGCAGCAGCGGUUUCGGCGCACCUACUCGCAUCUCCGGCGGCCGGACUCUGAGAGGCCUUCCUUUGGGAUCGCGUUCGACAUCGAUGGCGUGAUUCUUCGCGGACGCACCCCCAUCGGAGGGUCUCCGCAGGCCCUCCGGAGGCUUUACGACGCCGACGGUUCGUUGAAGGUUCCAUUUCUGUUCUUGACAAAUGGAGGGGGUGUCCCAGAAACCAAACGAGCUCUGGAGUUGAGUGAGCUUUUGAAAGUUCAGAUUUCAGCUCUACAGGUUGUGCAGGGUCAUUCUCCUUUCCGACGGUUGGUCAGCAGCAGAUUCGAGAAUGAGCUUAUCGUUGCCAUUGGAAAAGGGGAACCUGCUGCAGUGAUGUUGGAGUAUGGAUUCAAAAAAGUUCUUUCUAUUGAUGAUUAUGCAUCAUACUUCAAUGACAUCGAUCCCCUCUCUCAGUACAAGAGUUGGGGUCUCAAGCACUCGUAUGAGAGAAACUAUAAUUCCAAGGGUUUGCAACCAAAAUACGAUGUGUAUUCAGAGAGAGUAAAAGGUGCAUUUGUUGUUAGUGACCCUGUUGAUUGGGGAAGGGACAUUCAGGUGCUUUGUGAUAUUUUAAGAUGUGGCGGUCUUCCUGGAAAGGAAAAUGGACAUCAACCACCUUUAUUUUUUGCAGCAGAUGAUCUUGAAUACCAGGCUGUAUUUCCUUCUGAGCGCCUUGGGAUGGGUGCUUUCAGGAUAGGACUGGAAAGCAUAUAUAACAGUAUCCACAGCAGUCCUCUGGAGUAUACUUCUUUUGGGAAACCAAAUCCAUUUGUUUUCAAGAAUGCAGAGUCCAUCCUGACCAAACUGGUGACACAUGUGUGCCAGGUUAAGGAGACUAUGAUGGGCGAGAAAUGUGCAUUCAAUACCAUUUAUAUGAUUGGUGAUAAUCCUAAGGUUGACAUUAAUGGUGCCAAGAAGGUGGGACAUCCAUGGUUUUCUAUUCUCACAAGGACUGGGGUAUUCCGGGGUAAAGACAACCAUGAACAGUAUCCAGCAGACCUGGUUGUGGAUACCGUUGGAGACGCUAUUGAUUUCAUUCUGAAAAAGGAGUGCACAUGAAGUGGACUUUCUAAUAUUUUGGUGGAUCUCCUCUUGAAGAAGUAUGAAAAUGUCAAGUUUCAAUCUUCACGAGCAUUUGGCUGCACCGGUGCAGAGAUAUCUCAGAUAUGUUUUUGAAUUUGAUGUUGCAAAGAUACCUCACGAACACUUUACCUGAAGUGAAACUGUUGCUUUGAUUUUACUAAAUUGCCAAAAGAAUGAUAGAUGCCAUGUAGCUUUUUUUCUCUGAG